CUCUCUCUCUCUCCCCAGGGGUUCUGUAAGUAUCUGGAGCAAUGUUUCGGGCAGAGUCUGAAGGAGAGGGGGGUGGUGGUAGGGUUUGACGCCCGUGCCCACCCUCCCAGUGGAGGCAGCAGUAGACGUUUUGCCAGCCUGGCGGCCGCCGUGUUCUCCUACCGAGGAGUCCCUGUCCACCUGUUCUGUGACAUCACACCCACACCCUUCGUGCCCUUCGCUGUGUCUCAUCUGGGUCUGUGUGCUGGCGUCAUGGUAACCGCCUCCCACAACCCCAAACAGGACAACGGUUACAAGGUGUAUUGGGAGAACGGUGCCCAGAUCGUGCCGCCCCAUGAUAAGGGCAUCUCUGUAGCCAUCGAGGCUAACCUGGAGCCCUGGCCUGAGUCCUGGGACAUAACCUCUCUCUCUCACAGCCCUCUGCUGAAGGACCCGUUCCAAGACAUUCACACAGAGUACUACAGGACCAUCCAACAGCACUGUCACCACAGGGACAUCAACAAGAGUUCAGAGGUGAAGAUCGUACACACCUCCGUGCACGGAGUCGGACACGCCUUCGUCCAAUCAGCUUUCAAGGCCUUUGACCUCCGACCCCCGUACGCCGUAGAGGAGCAGAAAGACCCUGACCCCGAGUUCCCAACCGUCAAAUACCCCAACCCUGAGGAGGGGAAGGGGGUCCUGACCCUGUCGUUUGCCCUGGCGGAGAGAGAGGGAGCUACUGUAGUUCUGGCCAACGACCCUGACGCUGACCGCCUGGCCGUUUCUGAGCAACAGAAAGGUGGUCAGUGGCGUGUGUUCAGUGGUAAUGAGUUGGGGGCGUUGCUGGGUUGGUGGGUGUAUCAGUGUUGGAAACAGACCAACCCAGACCAGUCUACCGUGAAGUCAGUCUACAUGUUGGCCUCCACCGUCUCCUCUAAGAUUCUACGAGCCAUCGCUCUCAAGGAGGGCUUCCACUUCGAGGAAACUCUGACUGGGUUCAAGUGGAUGGGCAACAGAGCCAGAGAGCUGCUGGACCAGAACAAGAUAGUACUGUUCGCCUUCGAGGAGGCUAUAGGGUACAUGUGUGGUUCUGCCGUGCUGGAUAAAGACGGGGUCAGUGCGGCAGCCAUCGCUGGGGAGAUGACAUCAUACCUGGCCGCGAAGAACAUCACGCUGUCACAACAACUCACAGCUGUCUACGAGGAGUGGGUCUCACACACACACACACACACACACGCUGUCACAACUCACUGCUGUCUACGAGGAGUGGGUCUCACACACACAUACACACACACGCUGUCUACGAGGAGUGGGUCUCACACACACACACACACACACACGCUGUCACAACUCACUGCUGUCUAUGAGGAGUGGGUCACACACACACACACACACACACGCUGUCACAACUCACUGCUGUCUACGAGGAGUGGGUCUCACACACACACAUACACACACACACUGUCUACGAGGAGUGGGUCUCACACACACACACACACACUGUCACAACAACUCACUGCUGUCUACGAGGAGUGGGUCUCACACACACACACACACACACACACACACUGUCACAACAACUCACUGCUGUCUACGAGGAGUGGGUCUCACACACACACACACUGUCACAACAACUCACUGCUGUCUACGAGGAGUGGGUCUCACACACACACACACACACACACUGUCACAACAACACACCUCACCAGAUAUUUAUUUGACCGUUAUGUUAGAUAUGUGUAUGUAUAGAAAAUAGUGUAUUUUCCAGAGCCCAAUGUGCUUUACACCCUCUCUCUCUGUCUCUCUCUCUCUCUCUCUCUCUGUCUCUCUCUCU